AUGGACUCCAUACCUGCGGGCAGAGACUCCAGCUCCUCACCAAGCUCCAAACAAGAACUUUCCUUUCCAGGCACCAACGCGCUGAAGCCCAAUCAGGUCGGAGAGACGGUGCUGUACGGAAUACCCAUCGUGUCUUUGGUAAUCGACGGCCAGGAGAGACUUUGCCUGGCGCAGAUCUCUAACACUUUGCUGAAGAAUUACAGCUAUAACGAAAUACACAAUCGACGCGUGGCGCUUGGGAUCACGUGCGUCCAGUGCACCCCGGUCCAGCUGGAGAUCCUGCGCAGAGCAGGAGCCAUGCCGAUUUCCUCCCGGCGCUGUGGGAUGAUAACUAAACGCGAGGCCGAGAGACUCUGCAAAUCGUUCCUCGGAGCUCAUUCUCCUCCCAAACUCCCAGAAAAUUUUGCUUUUGACGUGUCGCACGAGUGCGCAUGGGGGAGUCGAGGAAGCUUCAUCCCGGCCAGAUAUAACAGCUCCAGGGCCAAGUGCAUCAAGUGCUCCUACUGCAACAUGUAUUUUUCCCCCAAUAAAUUCAUAUUUCACUCGCAUCGCACGCCGGAGUCCAAAUACACACAGCCGGAUGCGGCUAAUUUCAAUUCGUGGAGGCGCCACCUGAAAUUAACAGAUAAAAGCAGCGCCACUGAAAUAUUACACGCGUGGGAAGAUGUGAAGGCCAUGUUCAACGGGGGCAGCCGCAAGAGGACGCUGCCAGGGAGCGGGUCCCCUCCAGUAAAAUCGCACGGGUCAAACGUGCGUCGAGACUCCCCCGAGAUACCCCCAAAAAUUCUGAACUGCGAGGACAGCCGGGGUGGCAUGGCGAGUACGCGCAGCUACCCGGUCAUCCCGGUGCCAAGUAAAAGCUUUGGGAUGCUGCAAAAGAUCCCGCCGCCGCUCUUCCCGCAUCCCUACGGUUUCCCAGCCUUCGGUUUGUGCCAGAAAAAAGAAGACGGGCUGAUGGGAGAGCAAAGCAAAGGGCUGCCGGGCGUCCUGUGGCCGGCCGCCAAGGACACCACCUACCACUCCUUCCCCAUGUUCUGGCCCGCCGCCGGCGCGCUGCCCAUGCCUCCCUACCCGCCGGCCCAGCAUAAACCCCCGCCGGACUUGCUGUGUCCCCCAAGACAGACGGACAAGGACAUUUCCGAGAACAGUGACCGGAGCACGAACACGUCCAAAGACAGCCUGGUCGAUAACGACCGCUGCUCCAGCACGCAGUCCACGCGCAACGAAGACGACAAGUCCGGAGACGAGGCGAGGCCGCAGGACGCGGUGACCCUCACGACCCGCAAGGUCAGCUACGUGUCUGCGUUCAGACCCGUCAUCAAAGACGCGGACUGCAUCGCCAAACUGUACGGCAACAGGAGCGCGUACACCGGCUACUUAUCGCCAGAUUUUUUAAGCGAGAGCUCCAGUUACCGAUCCGUGUCCCCCUGCGUGGACAGCGAAGGCGAACCAGACGUGGACGUGGAGACGAACAAAACGGCAGAGGACGAGGACAGCCGGCCUCUGUCCUCUGUGUGUCCUCGGACUCCUCCGGGUUUGGCCCACAGUGUUUCACAAAACGAGUCGGACUCAAAGUGCGCGCUUGGGAGCGGCGUGCAGGUCGAAUCCCUGAAAGCGAGUUCACACGUGGCCCAGUCCUCUGAGAGACUCACCGACACACAAAUACCAGCCACUUUCACCGAAGUGUACACAUCGGAGAGAGCGGAGCUGCAACAAAGGAACAGUCCGUAUCAGUUCAGACCUGCCAACUAUCACACGGGAUUACUUCCAACACACGAUGAAGGUGCAAGUAAAGAAGAGCCGUCUUCCACAGUGGAAGAGAUCGAAACGAAAUGUUUUACAGAACAAAGCAGCGAGGACAACCAACGAGAACCUGGCAAGGACAAGGCAGCCAGCGCUCUGCCAUCACAAAGAGACCUAGAAAAUCUGGCGAAAGAAGAACUGCAGAAGCAGCUCUUAGAGCAAGUUGAACUGAGGAAAAAACUGGAACGUGAAUUUCAACAUUUGAAAGACAAUUUUCAAGAUCAAAUGAAACGGGAACUUUCCUACAGGGAGGAGAUGGUUCAGCAGCUUCAUAUUGUCAGAGAAGCUCACGACGCAUUACACCAUUUUUCAUGUAAGAUGUUGACUCCUCGCCACUGCACUGGAUCCUGCUCUUUCAAAUCGCCUCUACUGCCCCCCUGAAGCACACCACUGCACAUUUCCACAACCCACAGACUCACCUGCAGCUUCUCAUCAGCAGCCUCUGGGAAAAAGAUGAAAGGAGAUCAACUGUAAUAUACUGAAACAUGUAUCUUCACUCUGUCAUUUGUAACCACUUAUAUUUGUUUUGCUGAAAUGAUAUUUAUUUGUGGCAAAGUGCAAUGAUAAUGUAUGCUUCUUGUAGUCAGUCUGUCAGUAUUCUGUUGUCAGCCAACUCAUUUCUCCUGUCAUUAUUGUGAAUUAGCCUACUACUUUGGCUGUGUUUUACACUUAUAACUUUUGAUAUAUGCACUUUAAACCAUAAAGCCUUCACAUACAGGCUUACAAUAUUAUAAAGCUCACACUAUGGCUGUUAGUUUUUACAAUUUUACACAAACACACAAGUCAGUGGGCUAAAUUACAUUUGAAAUCUUGUAAAUAUAGCAACAUGUUCUAUAAGAGUAGCCUAUUUCAUGUAAUAUUUGUUUUAAUCACUAAUGAAUAAAUCAUUUUAUUGAUGCAAA